AUGGAAGACAACAGCACUCUAGAAUUGAUUAGGCAGCUGCAAACGCAAGUAGAGGAGCAGGCCAAAGUUAUACGGGAACAGCAAGAGGUUCAACGCAGGCAAGCGGAGGAACUCGCGGCCUUGAGGAUGCAGCGACCCCCACCAGAAGCAUCAACCUCGAACAGGCAGGACGACAACGAGGGAAGCCAUCAUGGAGGGCCAUCCGAAUUGGGUGCAGGAGGGAAAAAAGGACCCGCUUCCCUACGCCUCUCCAACCUCCUGCCCUUUACAGAGGCAAUCUUGCAGACCAACAUGCCGGAGAAGCCUCCGCCGUCAUUGGACAGAUAUGACGGUUCCGCGGAUCCUGACAACCAUCUCCGAAACUUUAUAGGUGCUAUGGCAUUCUACACAGACAACGACCCUGUAAUAUGCAGAGCUUUUUCGCUAUCUCUCAAGGAUGAAGCAUUGGAAUGGUAUCACACCCUUCCGCCAAACUCGAUUGACUGCUUCGCUACCGUGAAAACCCUUUUCCGCAAACAGUAUGCCGCUAACAGGAGACAAGACAUGACCCCCGCAGAACUGGUAAACACUAAACAAGAGAAAGAUGAAACCUUGAGGGCUUUCAUGUUGAGAUACAACGAAGCAGCUAGGCGUGUGAAAGAUGUCAGUCACACAUUUAUAAUAAGCAACCUACCUUCAUGUCUGAGGCCAGGCUACUUUGCCGAACAACUAUAUGCCGAUCCUCCAAAGUCUAUCGAAGAGCUCCAAGAAACGAUAGCUAAAUUCGUUGGUGGACCUCCUCGCAAGGAGGCGGGGUGGACGUCCAAGUAUGACCGCUACACCACACUAAAUGCCCCCAGGGCCAAAGUGUUAGAAGAAGCUCUACAGGCCGAGUUGCUUACCGUGCGACGAAAAGCCACUCCAAAAAACGCUGACGAAAGCAAAACUUGCAGGCUUCACGUAAACCAGGGCCAUGAUACCGAGGAGUGUCAUAUGGUGAAGGAGGAAAUAGAAAGACUCAUCCGGGCAGGAUAUUUGCAGGAGUACGUAAAGGACAGGGCGUCCCGAGCCCCAACUCCCCGAAGAAGAGAAAGCGCUCGUCCAAGUCCGGAACGAUCGUCGCGUAGGGAGGAAGAAUCCAGGCGACGAUCGCGGAGUCGUUCCAGACAACCACAACGAGAAAGGACCAUUCGGGGACGAAUUGACACCAUAUCCGGAGGCUUUGCAGGAGGGGGAGCGUCGGCAUCGGCUCGAAAGAGACACCUAAGAAGCCUAAAAUCGGUGCACAUGGUGGGCAGACAACCCCGAUCAUUUCCCAGCAUUACUUUUACCGAUGCAGAUUUUCACGCGCCCGAUUCGGAGCAGGACGACCCCAUGGUCAUCACGGCUGAGAUAGCCCGAUAUGAGGUGACAAAAGUGCUUGUAGAUCAAGGUAGCUCAGUCAAUAUUCUAUACUGGGCAACCUUCCUGAAAAUGGAUUUGUCCGAAGAUUUAAUAGCCCCAUUCAACGAGCAAAUCGUAGGCUUUGCAGGUGAAAGAGUGGACACACGAGGAUAUCUCGACCUUCGAACUCGACUAGGGGCAGGUGACGUGGCGAAAGAAUUAAGAGUCAGAUUCUUGCUAGUGGAGGCGAACGCUUCAUAUAAUGCUUUGUUAGGACGACCUUGUCUAAAUGAGUUUGGAGCUAUAGUUUCCACGCCGCAUUUGGCCAUGAAAUUCCCUACAAAAGAAGGAUCCAUAUGUACGGUGAGAGCUGAUCAACGAACAGCCAGACAAUGUUAUGUGGCCGGGCUAAAAGUCACUCCUUUCAUACCACCCAGGAAAACAAGAGGAGCCGAAACAGCCGCUAUUGAAUUAGAUCCAAGAACCGACUUGGACGAACGUCUGCACCCGCAGGGCGACGUUAAGGCCUAUUAG